GUAGUGCUGGAGAGCGCGGAACUCCCCCCACGCUCGGUCCCGAGAUGACUGCCAGCAAGCGGGUGGCGAAGGAGCUGGAGGAUCUUCAGGAGAAGCUUCCCCCGUACCUGCGGAACCUGUCCAGCGAUGAUGCGGACGUCCUGGUGUGGCAUGUGCUCCUUCUGCCCGAGAAACCACCCUACAACCUCAAGGCCUUCCACCUGCGCAUCAACUUCCCCGAGGACUAUCCGUUCAAGCCCCCUACGGUGACAUUCACCACCAGGAUCUACCACCCCAACGUGGGCCACAAUGGAAGCGUUUGCCUGCCCAUCAUCAGCCGUGAGAACUGGAAGCCUCACACCAAGACCUGCCAAGUCUUGGAGGCCCUCAGCGUGCUGGUGAAUAGACCGGACCUGGGGCAGCCGAUUCGGAUGGAGCUCGCGGAUCUGCUGACACACAAUCCGGAGCUGUUCAACAUAGAGGCCAGAGAGUUCACCCUCCGGUAUGGAGCGGACCGACCCUCCUAACUGUUCUCACCCAUCCUCUACGUGAUGGAUGGACACGUGUCAUGGACUGGGGGCUGGAGCCCCUCUCCUUUGUUCCAUGUUUUCCUUCAUAGAUUGUUAGUCAUUAGUCUGUGUGUGUGAUGUGUGGGCCCAUUCCCAGGUUCACCUGGCCACAGGUGGGCUUUUCCCGCUCUCUUUCUCUGCCCCAGAGCCAGAGGAGUUCACGGCUGCACAGUUCUCCAGUGCCCUAGGGCCUGGAAAUCCUGGUCUCACUAAUUGCUCUGUCUUACAGUCACAGGUCACCUCCAGGCCGGCUGGCAGGAAAUGAGCCCAGAAGGCAACCAGAAUCCCCGCAGGGCCCAGGCAUCAGGGGGCAGAGGGCACGUGGGGAGGAUGCAUGGAAGGCUAGGGCACUCAGAAUCAUAUUUACAAUUGAGCAAUUUGUUUAUUGAGUGACUGCAGUUGGCCAGACUGCUAAUAGGUAUUACAUGUCUAGAUUUAGGUGCUAAACCUUUCCUUUUCCACUGAUAAAUCACGAAAUGAAGA